GCCCGACUCAGGCACAGCCACGGCCACGCAGAGUCAGUCAUGGACCAGUGAUGGAGGCCCUCGCGCUCCUGCUGCUGCUCCUCGGCGCCGCCAGCAGCCGCGACGUCAAAGCGGGCAACUGUGACGUGGUGAUCACAAGCGACGCGGGCAAGAACGGGAGCGUGUCGUCGCCAGGCUUCCCGCAGCCGUACCCACCGCGCUCCGUCUGCCGCUACGAGUUCCAGGGCCGCGGAAAGGAGCGCGUCCAGCUCGUUUUCACAGAGUUCAACCUUUUCACAGCAAACGACGACGACCAUGAUUGCGAGUCUGCCGACUCGAUCGUGGCGUACGUGCACAUGGAGGGCCGUUCCGAGAAGAUAGACACGUUCUGUGGAGGCCAGGUGCCGCUGCCGCUCAUGUCCAGCGGCGCCCGCCUCUCGCUUGAGUUCCGCGGCCUCCACUCCUCCAGAUACGUCAGGGGCUUCAAGGCCCUCUACACCUUUACAGAGAAUUUUGGGGUGAGCGGCGGUCGUCAGUUGAUGGAGUACACGUGCGGCUUCUCGUUCAACAGCUCCGAGGCUGCGAACGGCAGCUUUUCGUCGCCCAACUACCCCGGCUACUACCCCAGGGACACCGAGUGCAGCUACCUCUUCAAGGGACGACCUGGCGAGCGGAUACACCUCCACUUCACCUACUUUGAUGUCGAAGGCGUCUUGCCGUGCGAGGCGACGUCGGCGUCUGACUAUGUGGAGUUCUCGAACUUCAUGACGCAGGACCGUAAGUUCUCUCGCUACUGCGGCCAGCUGCGCGAGUUUGAAGUGGAGUCGGACCGGCACUUCUUCCGCGUAACCUUCCGCUCGAACGACCGGCUCGACGGCACCGGCUUCCACGCCACCUACCACUUCCUCGAGCACGAGGACACCAACACGGUGCGGCCGGUGCGCACCAGCGCCGCACCAAACGCCGCCACUUCAAUCACAGACGAGGUGCCCGGGUGUUUGCUGCUCGCCGCCCUUUUGCUCAACGCCCCCUUCUACUACUAAGCAUCUAAGGCAUCACACAAUCACUCACUCACUCACAAACACACACUCACACAAACACACACGUUCGUUCUCUCUUCAAUUAUGUAUGAAAAACGACAACAAGCACUCUCACUCAUUGCUAACCGGCCGCCGUGGGGAAAUCUGUAAAAUCUCGACUCCGCCGGAAUUUUAGGAAUAAAAAUUAAUUAAUUAAAAGAAUUUCCCGGCGGCAGACGCACUUACUAUGAUUGUAGCUCAGAUCAGUGAAUUAAUUACCAAUUAUAACGCUCAAGUACUUUGUAAAUAUGGUAUUUUAAAAAUCAUGUGAUAAAACGCGACGACUCUGUACAGCUAAAGGCCAAGCAAGCGACACUCGAAAAAUAAAAAUAAAUAGCUCGUUAGUAUUUUUCUCAA